UUGUUUUCUUGUUGUUAUCGUAUUGAAGACAGACAAUGAGUGACAAUGGCGUCCACUGACGGUCAAAAUGUGCAAGUAAGCGAGAGUCAAAAUGCUGGAGUUCCAGAGAAUGGGACGGCCGGAGGGGAAGGGGACCAACCGCAGCAACAGCAGCAACAGCCCAACAUGUGGCAGAUGGUCAAGGGUAUGGCCUUCCGUAUGUUUGUCAUCUAUAUGAUCAUGAGCUUCUUCAGGGGUAGAUCCAGCACGCCAUCGGACACACCAGCUGAUGAACCAGGCAAAGUGGCCAUGAGGCCGGGCACCAAUCUCUUUGCCACUGGAACUCUCAUGGAUCUAAGAGUAUACAUAUCAGAAGAAGAGACUUUUACAGAGUUUAAUAAUUCUCAGUAUUUAUUCUGGGAGAUUGAAGAAUUAGAGUAUGGCGAUUGGGAAGGUGGCCCCAGUGGCGAUGGAACAUUUGAACUGGAUGCUAAAAUUCAAGCGACAGAGAGCAUGAUGAACAAUGCAUCAAUAUACCUCCAUGUAUUCUUCACAAAAUCAGGGUAUUCUCCAGACCCAAGGCAGAGGGGAAAGUAUGCCAAGAAGUACACAGUGUCGAUCUCAAAAAGAAUUAAUAAAUUCAAGAAGAGGCGUUUCCAGAAGACUAAGAACUUAUUGACAGGAGAGACGGAGGCUGAUCCAGAAGUGAUUAAGAGAGCAGAAGCGGAAGGGCCUAUUGAAAUUCUAUCUCACUGGCAUCCGAAUUUGACAAUCGCCCUUGUGCACGAUCAUUCGCCAUGGAAACAAGGCAGCGUUCCUUCACCCCUGGACAAAAUGAUAAAAUUCCAUCCUUCCGGUGACUAUUAUCCCAUUGUAUUCGUCAAUGACUACUGGAAUCUUAACAGCGAAUACCAGCCAAUCAAUGAAACUACAGAAGAAUUGCCAUUCCGACUGACGUAUACCCCCAUGGGUCUGUUCAAGCUCCAGUUCUACGCAGCACAAACCAUGAGGAAUCAAUGGUCUCUACUUCUUGGAGAGGAACAAGGAAAUGAAGAUGAAGAAGAAGAUGGUCUUAAGAGAGCCAUCUUAGAAACCAACCCUUACCUGCUUGGCAUGACAUUUGUGGUAUCCAUUGUACAUAGCAUCUUUGAGUUCCUGGCAUUCAAGAACGAUAUCCAAUUCUGGAACAGCCGCAAAUCUCUGGAGGGUCUGUCAGUCCGUUCAGUGUUCUUUGGUGUGUUCCAAUCCCUUGUGGUGCUUCUCUACAUCUUAGACAAUGAGACUAACUUUGUAGUCAAGGUCAGUGUGUUCAUCGGGCUCCUCAUUGACUGCUGGAAGAUCACCAAGGUCACCAAUCUCCAGUUUGACAGAGAGAGUUUAAUCCUUGGAUUCAUACCAAAGCUGCAGUUUGCUGAUAAAGACUCCUACACAGAAUCAAGUACAAAGCAGUAUGACAAAAUGGCUUUCAAAUACCUGUCCUGGUUAUUGUUUCCUCUACUGGCUUGUUUUGCCGUCUACUCUCUCUUUUAUCAAGAGCAUAGAGGCUGGUAUUCAUGGGUGCUCAGCAUGCUCUAUGGAUUCUUACUUACAUUUGGUUUUAUCAUGAUGACACCCCAACUCUUCAUUAAUUACAAAAUGAAGUCUAUAGCACAUCUUCCCUGGCGUAUGCUGACCUACAAAGCACUUAACACCUUCAUUGACGAUAUAUUUGCAUUUGUAAUCAAGAUGCCCACCCUCUAUCGCAUUGGUUGCCUAAGAGAUGAUGUCAUCUUCCUUAUCUUCUUAUAUCAACGUUACAUCUAUCCAACCGAUUACAAGCGAGUCAACGAGUUCGGUACGACGGGUGAAAUGCAUGCAGCCGGAGACCAAAAUGCAGCCGUCAAUGGGGGCGCCACGCCUUCUAUCGAAGCCGCAGAGAAGUCGAGUCAGGAGAAGAAAGAAGAUUAAGCAAGGGACCAUAUCUUUCUUUGUUUCUUUGAUGAUGUUGUGAGUGUUCCCCUUUUCCAACGCGUAUGUUUAACAGUUUAAAUGUAAACUUUUGCAAAUUCUUGAAAACCUCCUUGAAGCCAACAGUUAUACAGCAGGGGAGCAUUUCAUGGAUUGAAUUGUCAGUAAUUUUCACUGACUAUUUGUUGUAAGCUACCAAAAUUCUUGCAUCCGAUUGGCUCAAACCAAGUUUGUCAUUGAUUUUCACUGACAAGAUGCUUGAUGAAACAAGGACCUGUACAUAACUCCAUAGCCAUUGAGCUUGCAGCAUUCUUUGAUGAAAUAACACAGUCCAAAUUCCUAGUUUAAAAUUCCUUGUUGAAAAUUAGAAAUUUAAGAUCCAAAUGUCAGCUAGAACGAUGGGUAUGCAUAUCAGAUUUUACUUGAGCAAGGCAAAAAACUGUCUGUGGUAGUAUGCAUGGGUAAAGAGCUGAAUGAAUCUUUCUCUGUCUCUCUAUCUCUAUCUCUCUCUCCUUCCAUCUCUUUUCGACGUCCCCUGUCCAUCACACAACCAAUCGUCAAUAUAUCAAUGAAUGUGGAAUGUCGUAGUUUAUGAGGCUAAUAUGUUCUUUGUUCUACAUAAGUGUGAGUGUGUGCAGGAUCCUUGACUAGUAACUCUCUUUGGCAGCUCACUCUGUAAGCAAUACCGUUUUUCGCUGCCUAUGAACAUUAUAGGCGGCAGAUCCAGCCAUUCACAGUACAUGAAGUAUCAUGCAAUAUUUUAGAGCAUUUUAUCAUUAAAUGUCUUGCCUGAUUGGGUAUUUCUUUGUUGGACAUUGGUAGUAAUCUCUUUACUUGCAUUAAUGUGAUUUUUUUUCGUAAACAAAAUAGGAAUAAUGAAUGUUUGUGAAAAAAGUAAAGAAUUGUACCUGAUUUUACCAAUGUACAUGUAAGUUAUUGUUUAUAUUCAAAGAUGUAUGAAAUGAGUUAUAAGAGAUUAAAUUGAUUGUGUUUUAUCAUGGAUUUGUACAUUUUUAAGCCAUUUAUUGUGGUAUCAAGGCCACUCCAUGGCCCGAAUUCACAAUGGUGGUUUUGAAUAUGUGGAUUCAAAUCAUCUUUUAUGCAGAUAUUUGUUAUCAAUUACACCUAAUUCAUUGUGUAUAUUGAGAAAUCAUCCAGUAAUGAAAGUGUGCUUUAUCUCGGCACUCUACAAUGGUGCUUUUUAAUGAGUCAACUGUUUGUUGGGAUUAAGUUACAUAAACAUGUAACUUAUAAAUACAGUAAUUUUAGUGACAAGCGUCAAUUUAGCUUAGGUGGCAUGUAUGAAUUCAUUUUUGGACGUAUCAAUGUAGGUGCUGAAAUUUGGGUAAUGGAGGAUAAAAUCUGCAUAAGAUGUAGUUCGAAACCAAUGGAUUGGAAACCAACUUUGUUAAUUCGGGCCAGAAUUUUGUUAUUUCAUCUGACAUCCCCUCAAACUUAUGCAUAAAACAGCCUUUAAAUGUGAUUCAUUUCCAAGGAAUGGGGAGUGUCAUAUGUGUAUUUUAGAGAUUUUUAGAAAAUAUUUGUUAAUUCCUUAUUCUGAAAUCUGAAAUUAGUGUUUAAAUGUCAUGAAAUCAAAGUUAUAUCAAAUUUCAGCUGUUCAUUUAUGAAAAGAUAUACCCCUCAUUAACCCACCUGCUACGAUAAGCAAUGAAUCAUGUAUAAAGGGAAUUAGGAUAUUAUAAGUAAUAUCAAACGAGUUAAUAUUGUUCCUGGCAUAAUUAGAGAGGACAUAUGUAUCAUGAAAUUUUGUCAUACCAUGGACCUACAAACAGAAGGACAUUCAUCGGUUAGUUAAUGAAUACCCUAAAAUGUUUCAUUUUCAUCUGACUAACAUUCUUUUUAUAUUAAAAUGUGCAGACAUACAUAUUACUUCACACAAUUUUUGUACAGCUUUUGAGACCAAGUUAUAUCAUGUGGCAUAUCAUGUGACCUUUCACAUGACAGUAUCUUGCUAAGAGUCCAUAUAAAUGGCUCAUAUACAUGUAUAUGAUUUGUGUGAAGGCUUGAUGGAAUCUGGUUUCAGUCAUGAAUUUCAUGAAAAGAUGUUAAUUAUUCUGAUUAGUUCAUGUUGGGUCAGUUAAAUUUGUUCAUGGCUAUGUACCGAGUUCAAUUAAAAAAAAAACACUAAGUAAUUAAUGUAAUUUUAUAAAACAAAAGAAAAUUAGACCUUUGGUAACUUUCAUAUUAGAAAGUUAUGAAAUGGUAAAAUGCUAAAAUGUCUACUGUUUAGAAAUUACAACGUCUCAAGCGAAAUUCAGGUUUGAUUUAAUUAUCAUGAUCAAUUCAGAUUUCUUUUUAGAAAAAAUACUAUCUGGAAUAUGUGUUCUAACUUUCAAUGCAAUGGCAUAUUUGGCAACCAAGAUUGGAAGUGGCCAUAUACUCUUCCUCAGAGGUGUUUUAAGAUUCAUGCUUGAAAUAUGAAAAAUAUGUGGAAAAUCCAGGAAAAGUAGAAUAAUAUUAAGCUGUAUUUAAGGCCCACAUUAUUGAAAGAGCAGUUAUGCAUUUAGCACUAAAAAUUCAUAUUACUGUUUGAUUGUUCAAAAUUAUGUUAUUGAUUAUUAAUAUUGGUUCAUGGAAAAUAGUUAAAAAUCAUGAUGACUUGAAAUUUAUGCAGGUAUUAUGGCAGUAUCUUUAUAUUCAAAUGACAAAAAAAUAUCAAUCCGAUCCCCAGUAUAUAUAUAUAGUUGUCGUGUUUGUAUGGUUUGGUGUAUACGUCUAUUUAUUAUAGCUAUGUCAUGAAACGUUUGGGCUGUUUUUGCUUGUUCGGGUUAUGAGGUCGUGGAUAAUUGUUUUAUUGAAAGGGGAGAGGGUGGGGUGGAUUAUUAUGCCUGUGGAAAAAAUUAUUUGAAAAUGUUGAGUUUAUUAUUUCUUUGUCCUUUUUUUUUAAAUCAAAUAAAUAGCUAUCUGGUAGUGCAUCAUGUAGAUUAUGAUAUGAAAGUGUAUUUUUAUUCAUGACAAUCAAGAGUGCAAAUCACAAGUUUAAUCCACUAAGUACAUGAUAUUUUAAGACUGCUCUUGAUUUAAUUAAUUGAAUCAGAUGUCAUAAUCUGCUCAAAUUGAUUGAAUGAACUAUUGAUUUUUACCUGUUAUGGAGUAAGAGAAUUCAAUUUGUUAUUAUAUAUUGGUAUUGCAUAAUAAGACUUAUUGUAUUUUUAUUCCCUUUGACAAAAAUGAAUGUUUUAGGCCAUUUUCACAAUUGCCUGAUUGUACCUGAUUUUACCAAUGUACAUGUAAGUUAUUGUUUAUAUUCAAAGAUGUAUGAAUUGAGUUAUAAGAGAUUAAAUUGAUUGUAAUCCUUGGUUCAAUUCAUGGGCAUUAUUUUUUGGUAAUGUCUCUGGAAAAAAAAUGUGAUUCUAGGUACAUCUUUUGAAAUGUUAGUCAUAUUUUGUAAUGGAAUGAAUGCAAGGCCGUAUAUGACAGAGACAUCACACUUGUGCCAAAUUUGAAUCCCCAUGGGUAUUAGUAUUUACAAAUUCUACCUUUUCAUAAUUUUCUUGUUUGUCCUGGGUUUUCUUUUAAUGUCACUUAUCAGAUUCUAUGAUUUUACGCUUUCUUUUAACAACAUCUUUAUAUUUUGGUUGGAUUCCCCCGCUCUCAAAUUCAAUAAAAGUGGUAUUAGUUGAAAUACACCACCACUUGAUUCACAGUACUGCAAUAAGCGUGUGUAAAAUCGAGUAUAUCUAAAGCCAAAGGCCUUUCUCUGGCUUCUCCCCUGUCAAAUAUACACACAUACACAAACAGGAAUGAAUGCAGGGGUAUUAAUUAAAUGAUUAUACAGAGAAUGUAAAGACCGAUUGAUGCUUAUGGAUAUAAAUAUUUUUAAACAAAAUUUGUGAAGCAGAAUUCUUGUUUCUGUCCAGGUAAUUUUCCAACGAUUUUGAUAUUUCAAAUAUUUUCAGAUUUACAAAAUUAAACAUCCAUGCUUUCAUAGCAAUCAAGUAACUUAAAUCAUAUUGAGGGAAUUAUUGAAGAGAAUAUGCCAAUUGAUGUUUCCAGAUAUUUUAUCUCUAUUAUCAAGGAAGUUAAUAAACAUAUAUGGAUUUGGAUUAUUGUUCUUGGUCCAACAUACUUCAUUUUGUGGGUUAAUCAAACGGAAUAUUCUGAUCUAAUUCUAUUCUCAGUAACUAUUGGUCGCAGUAUAUACUUGUAAUCCUGUUCAACAAGUAUGGAAUGUGUUGAGAACUUUGUUUACCUCCAUUUUUGUCCACAGUUUAAUAGUGAAAAUCUCUUUAAUGAUCUGUCAUGUCCUCAUUGCAGUGGAAGCAAAUUAUGUAUAUAUCUUUAAAUUUCUCCCCAAAUCAGAAGCCUUUUUGGUCACUCACUUCAGAGAAAAUGAAGAAAUAAUACAAGAAACUCUGUUUAACGGACUUGGUGGGCGUUUGGUCUGAUAUCGUAUUUCAUGUCUCAUUUUUAUGGCUCGUAUGAGACACGCUAACUUCGAAUUUUAAAACGAAAAAAAUUUGUUAUUUUAUUGCUACCUGCUGGUCAUGUUAUAAUAAUUGGCAGUGCCUUUAUACUUGUUUUGCUUUAUUUUUAGGGGUGGGGGUUAUUUUUUUAUUUGAUAGGCAUUGGCAUGUAUUCUGAAGUCUUAUUUAAGCCCGUGGUCUAAUUCUUUGCUCAAUUUAUAGGAAGCUGACAAUAUCCAAGUUUAUGCACUGUUUGUAUCUUCUAUUCUCUCUGCUCAUUUCUCAUGCUUUAAUGGUGAAGAAAACUAUUUCAGUUUCUAUUCCGAGCUGGUUGUGAAUUAUCCGCGUGUUAAAUAAGCUGAUAAAGUGAACCUGUACUAAGAUUUGUGUCACAGUUGGCUUUCCAUAGUUAAACCACAAUCAGACCAGAGUUCAAACUAACUCGAAUUCAGAAUACGGGCCAUGACGUCGACUGCCUGUCACUAAGAAUAAUAGGUCAAAGGGUUCAUAUAGGAGCGCCUUGAACAACUUAAUAAGGUGGAUAUGUGCACUAUACAAGCACCCUAUAGUUUGUUAUAAUUUGAAAUGAUUGAAUACACAUGUAUGUUAGCUUGAUUAUGUGGUUUUGUUAUUCAACUCAAAUUGUGAAAUAUUCAAUGACAUUAACGUUCAUGCUUGCACAUGUCGAUAGCAGCAUAGUGAGAUAUUGGACCUCCUCCUGUCAAAGAUAAUCAGGGUCCCGUCUUACAAAGAGUUACGAUUGAUCCGAUCAAUCGUAACUCCAUGGAAAUCCGUCAGUGUCAUAAUAUUUUCUACAGGAAAGUUUGCACAAUUUCCUUUGUAAACAAAGAGAAGCGCAGUGAAUUUUCAAGAAAACAAUGAAUGCAUGAAUAUACAUCAUAGCUAGAAAUAAUAUUUUGAACAAACGUGCAUAAUAGAUGUUGAUGUUGCUGGCCGUCCAUAGUUGUGAUUGAUCGGAUCAAUCGCAACUCUUUGUAAGACGGGGGCUGUAGGUGUUCAUGAAGCUGUUCAUAUGUGUACAAGCGACUUCGAGAAUGACUGAUGAUUCUUAGGCGCUAAUCAUUUACCACAAGAAUUGAGGAUCACCAGUCGUUCGUCAAAAGUCGCUCGUAACUUACAAACAACUUUGGUAAAUGGUAAUGGUCUUGAUUUUUUACCUGAUUGCUAACAAAGCACGAAUGCGUGUAAGACAAUGAAACACCCACGGGGGCCCCGUCUUACAAAGAGUUACAAUUGAUACGAUCAAUCGUAAUUCUAUGGAAAUCCAUCAGUGUCAUAGUUAUCUACGAAAAUUUGCACAAUAUCCUUUGUAUGCAAAGAGAAGCGCAGUGAAUUUUUAAGAAAACAAUGAAUGCAUGAAUAUACAUCACAGCUAGAAAAUAUUUUGAACAAAGUUGCAUAAUAGAUGUUGACAUUGCUGGCCAUCCAUAGUUGUGAUUGAUCGGAUCAAUCGUAACUCUUUGUAAGACGGGGCCCUGGUAUUUUACGUAUGAAUCAUGAUGGUGGAUAUCAGGAUUGUUCAUUUCAUUGUUUGUUUAUAGUAUUAUUAUCAGUCUAUAUUGUCUGAUUGGCAAUAUGCAAAGUUGUGUGUUACAAUAAGAUAUAUAUACACAGGCCACAAUGAUUUAAUAAAAUGAAUGAACCAAAUGAGA